CAUUAAUGACAAAGUCAGUUUGGACUAUUUAAUGAAAAGCUAAGAUUGCACAGAAAGAAGUGGCUGGAAGCUUAUUUUUUUAACAUCACUUCAUAAACAAAUGAAGAGAUCUAAUUCUUUUUCUUGUAAAGUCAACGUGGAUGUCAUUUAAACUAAAUUAAUUUUUCAAUUAUUGACAGUUCAUGUUCACUUGUAAGAUCUAAAUAAUUAGAAUAGCAUAUAUGGGAUCUUUGGAAUUCUCAUGUUUUUAAAAUUUUCUCAAAACAUUGGAAGUAACAAAUAAAGAUUAUGGCAAGUCAAGUCAAAGUUUCUAAGCUGAAUUUUGAAUUGAAUCCUCGUGGAAAUUUAUGGUUUAACGAUGAAACUACUUUUGGUCACAAAUUACUUUCCAAGAUGGGCUGGAGUAAAGGUAAAGGUCUGGGAAAGAAUGAGGAUGGAAUAAAAGAGAAUAUCAAGAUUUCUAAAAGGGAUACUAAUACCGGGGUUGGAUGGAAAAAUGAUGAGAUUCCAGUUACUGUUGGAUGCUUAGAAUAUGAAAAUAUUCUGCAGAAUUUGCAGAAACAUUUUAAGAAUGAUCAAGAAAAGUUCAAGUCAAAUGAAAGUUUUGAAAAAAGUUUGGAACAAAGGUCACGCAAGGCAAAGAAUCAUCUGCACUAUCAGAAGUUUGUUCGAGUAAAAGACUUGAAUCGGUAUUCAGAGAAAGAUAUGAAAUCUAUAUUUUUGGAAAAACCGCCAAAACCUGUUCGUGAGCAUCCUUCCUCUCACGCUAACCAAACUUUCAACAGUCAGUUGAGUGUAAAUGAUUACUUUGCUAUGAAGAUCCAAAGAAAGAAAGAGGACACAUCCAUCUCAAAUGAAAACAGUCUUACCCCUAAAUCGCAGCCAAUAAAUGAAAACUUCUCCAAAAAAAGGAAAUUCAUUUCUGAAAGUCCUGAAAAUGAAACCUCAAGGAAAACUAAGUUAAAGAAGAAAAAUUCUGAUGAUGAAACCUCAUUUACGAAGAAUAACUUACCAACAGAUAAAUCUUCUGACUUUAAAGAAAUUGAAACCUCGAGGAAAGCCAAGUUAAAGAAAAAUUCUGGUUAUGAAAUUUCGAAUACUAAGAAUAACUUACCCACAGAUAAAAAUUCUGAAUCUAUAGAAAUUGAAACCCUGAGGACGGCCAAGUUAAAGAAAAAUUCUAAUGGUGAAACCUCAAAUACUAGGAAUAACUUACACACAGAUGAAAGUUCUGAAUCUAAAGAAUGUGGCAAAAGAAAAAAGAAGUUUAAGAAAAUGAAAAAGAAUAAAUUACAUUUGCAACAGUUAAAAAGCUGUCUCAAAGGCAGAACAGAAUAUAACCUCGAGAAAUCAAGAAACGUGUCAUUCAACGAACAAGUGUCUUACAAGAUACUGGACACCAGUUUAGAAUUGAGUGAAGACAUAAACGACGUGGACAGUGAUGAUCCUACUAUGGAAGAAACAAUUUUCGGUGGUGAAUCAAUGGAAGAAUCUGGUGAUGAAGAACCCCCAACAAUCAUUGAUUCUGUUGAAGAACCUGAAAAUAAUAUUUUAAAUGAAAACGAUAAUGAAAAUACAAAAGAUGAAGAGGCAGACUCAAUUAAUGAAGAGGAAGGUAUAUCAAAUGAGCAGUCUCCUCAAUGUCUUGAUUUACCAAAAUGUUCCGGGUCAAAGUUUAAUUUCUGGCUGGAAAAUCAGCGCCAAGCCUCUAAAAUGAAACUUUAUAAAGAAAUGAUGAAGAAAAUAAGGAAAAACAAAAUAUUGUGCUCUACAAAUUUAUUAGAUAUCAAAGGUUAUGGAAAUUGGGGCUUAUGAUUAAAUUUAUUUUUAAAUUAUUGAAGAAUAAAUAGUCGAAGUAUUGAGUACUUAAA